GCCAGAGUCAAAGCCAGUCGAAAAGCCAGAGUCCGCGAAGAAGGAAGAUGCGAAGACAGAGGAAGUAAAGGCGGAAGCGAAACCAGGAGAAACGAAAAAGGAACAGGUAAGCAAACCAGAAGAAGUAAAGAAACCAGAAGAAGCCAAGAAACCAGAAGAAGCCAAGAAACCAAGAAGAAACCAAGAAACCAGAAGAAGCCAAGAAACCAGAAGAAACCAAGAAACCAGAAGAAGCCAAGAAACCAGAAGAAACCAAGAAACCAGAAGAAGCCAAGAAGGAGGAGAAGGCCAAGCCGGAACCCCCGAAGGAGGAGAGAGCAAAGGCCGAGACUCCCAAACCAGAAGAAAAGCCAAAAGCCAAACAAAGCCGUGGAAGACAAGUUGCCAGCCGACGACAAGAGUAAGGUAGAAGAGAAGGCGGCCGAGAAGGACAAAGCAAAGGACGAGAGCAAAGGAGAGAAGGAAGAGGAAAAGGAGGCGGGGAAGGGCACGUCGGCGUCCGUGGAAGCUCUUGGGUCAGAGGAAGGUCAUGAUAGCGGCGUGGAUGAAUCAACACAGGCCAAGGAGAAUGGGCAGGCCAGGUCCCCCUCGAAGGCUCCCAAAGGAUCUCCAAGAAAGAGGAUGCCCCGCUCCUCCGACCCUUCCCCCAUGAAGCGAACGCCCCAGUCCACUGCCUCUGCUGAACGCAAAGUGCCGAUGAACAAGAUUGAAGUUGGCAAGACGGCUUCCCCGAAUCUGAAGGCCGUCAAGUCCAAGAUUGGCUCGAUGGACAAUGCCACUUACAAGCCAGGUGGAGGAAAGGUCAAGAUCGAAUCCAAGAAACUCGAUUUUUCCAAAACCUCGAGCAGGAUCUCGGCCAAGAAUGAAGCCUACACACCCGGAGGAGGGGAGAAGAAGCCGGAUAAGAUUGAAUCCCAGAAACUGAAAUGGACAGCAACCAGCAAAGUUGGCUCCCUUGACAACAAGGACCACAAGCCUGGCGGUGGUGACAAGAAGAUUGAAACCCAGAAGCUGAACAUUAAGGCCCAGUCCAAGAUUGGCUCGAAGGACAACCUGAAACACAAACCCGGAGGUGGCGAUAUCCAGGUAAGGAAUAAGGCAUGGAAUGUCAAAAAAAAACUGGAACUUCAGGAAAAGGCAUCCAGUAGAGUAGGCUCAAUAAUACCGGUAAGCACAAAUGGAGGUGGCGAAAAAACAAAUAUUGAGACAGAUUACAUCAGGCAGAUGCAAGGCUCCUGCAAAACUCCCACCAGUAAGGCCUCAUCAGAAGCAAUUUGCUCGAAACACAGCCCAAGCCCCGGGUUGACCUCACCUGCACCUCAGAAAGAUUUUAGUAAAUGGAGAAUGGGCAGGCCAGGUCCCCCUCGAAGGCUCCCAAGGAUCUCCAAGAAGAGGAUGCCCCGCUCCUCCGACCCUUCCCCCAUGAAGCGAACGCCCCAGUCCACUGCCUCUGCUGAACGCAAAGUGCCGAUGAACAAGAUUGAAGUUGGCAAGACGGCUUCCCCGAAUCUGAAGGCCGUCAAGUCCAAGAUUGGCUCGAUGGACAAUGCCACUUACAAGCCAGGUGGAGGAAAGGUCAAGAUCGAAUCCAAGAAACUCGAUUUUUCCAAAACCUCGAGCAGGAUCUCGGCCAAGAAUGAAGCCUACACACCCGGAGGAGGGGAGAAGAAGGUAAAUCCGGAUAAGAUUGAAUCCCAGAAACUGAAAUGGACAGCAACCAGCAAAGUUGGCUCCCUUGACAACAAGGACCACAAGCCUGGCGGUGGUGACAAGAAGAUUGAAACCCAGAAGCUGAACAUUAAGGCCCAGUCCAAGAUUGGCUCGAAGGACAACCUGAAACACAAACCCGGAGGUGGCGAUAUCCAGAUUGAGCAAAAAAAACUGGACUUCAAGGAAAAGGCAUCCAGUAGAGUAGGCUCACUUAAUAACGUUAAGCACAAAGCUGGAGGUGGCGAAAAAAAAAUAUUUGAUGACAAGGAUUACCUCAGGCAGAUGCAAGGCUCACCCUGCAAAACUCCCACCAGUAAGGCCUCAUCAGAAGCCAAUUUGUCUCGAACACAGAGCCCAAGCCCUGGAUUGACCUCACCUGCACCUCAGGAUGGACAAGCCAGUGCCAGUGGAGAGGUGACACCAGCAGAGGGAGCUCUGUCCCCUUAAGAAGCUACUUGUGAACCUCAUUCUGAAUCAGGGUUCAUCAUUUGAUCAUAAAAUAAUGAUCAACAGUGGCUUCUUUGGAAAGGGAAAUAUACCGUGAUAAGUGCUUUGUGAAGUUCCAUAUGCUGUCUCAUGCAGAUUAUGACAGUGGAGUUUCCUUUAAGUGUUAAAUAGAUAAAACAUUCAUUGCAGGACGCAGUGUCAGAAUACGGUGAAUCACCAUAGAUUUCUUUCUCCCGUAAAAAGCAAAUUGGAUCUUUUUUUUUACAAGACUGAAAGAAAUGCUUUGUGUAAGGAUAUUUCUGUCCACUGCACAGUCUGUUUAUAUGCAUUCCAUGUCAGUCCGGUUAUAUAUAUGUUAAUUUAACUUGCGGGAUGCAUGUCAACAAGUGCUAAUGCAGCUACUUUUGAUACAUGGUAAGCCUGUACUGUGAGGUUGAUAAACAUCUGUUUGCUCUUUUCCCUUAUAGAGAUUUACAUGUUAUAAUUUACCUACCAUGACAAGUAUGAUUAUAUAAUCUAGCCUGAGUACUUGCUCAUGGAAUAGUUUCUAUAGCUUGUUGCACACACCAAUAUAUUUUGGUUAGGAUACCAUUUGCUGACCCUUGUCAAAAAGAGCAAUAACAGUGGUAAAGGUUCCAUGUUGAUGAAGCGUUAUAACGUCUUCUUUAGGUAUAAAACUAGCUUUCAAAGGCCAGCCUCUUUUAGUUAUGUAAACUGUGUCAGGCGUCCAUGAUUUUGAUAUUCGUUCAUGGCAUGUUAACCAACUUGUGCUGUAGAAAACUAAAGCCUAUCUUGAUGUAUAUUUAAUAUAACUUUUAAUUUGUCCUUCAUGUACUUGCUUCUAACAGAUAUGGCUGACAAAAUUAGCAAAGUUUCCAUGCAUUCUUUUUACUUAUACUGUAUAUGUUUGAGGUUUGUUUUUAAAAUUGUGAUGUCAUGAGUCAUACCUUUAUAGGCAGUUUGUCCAGAAACUAGCUACUAGGCUUUCACUAUUCCUCAAAUCUUCCAGAUGCAAAUCAAAUUCUUGGAUACAUUUCUAUAUGGUCUUAAAGCUAGAAUAAGGAAGCUUUUAUUCCAAUAUGCCUUGUAAAGAUUGGUGAAGAUGACUCCAGUUACUUUUCUUUCCCUGCUGCUCCCCUGUAGGUGAUCCAUGAUUGGGUGAUCAUUUUGUAGAGUCUGUGCGAACUGGAAUCAAGAGGUUCAUUACGCUCUGCCAAGUGUUCGUCUGUCAGUCUUAAUGCAUUUUUUGCCAGCAGGUGAAAAAGUAGCCAUCUUAAAUGGAGUUAAAUAUUUGAUUAUACUAUAAUCAAGCUGCAAAAGGACUGUUCAUGGAAACAAUAAAAUUAUAAUACUGUUCAUGCAAAGCUUUUAAGAUACAGAAAGAUAUAACAACUGACUGUACUCUUAAUUAAUUUAAUUAUCACUGUCAUGCAUACAUUUCUUUUCAUGCAUUACUAAGUCAUGCCAUUGUUUCAGAUUUUUCUAGAGAACUGUCUAAAGGUCUUGAAUAAGGGGUUUUCUCCAGUACCAAGUUCUUUCAAUAUCUUUGUGACUUCUGUUUCCCUUGGGUUUAUACACUUUAUUUUCAAUUCUCACUGAUCAAAAUUUUAAUAAGAAUUAGAACAUCACAAUUUCUUAGUAACUAUUUUGUUCCUUGCAAAUAAUUUCUUUGAUGUGAACAUUGUACACAGUUGGAAGAUCAAGAGCUAAAACUGGGUGUAUAACUCAUCAGACGGGGGUCAUGUUUGGUACGGUACUCUGGCUGUAAACACUGAGGUAGAAUUGAAAAGCUUUAUGUGAGGGUCUAAAGCUUUUUAACCAUUGCUUUAUCCUGGACACAGUAUGCUGUUGUUCUGAGCUCUCAUGUCUUGGUAUCCACUCACCAUUUCACCAUACCUCAUGUAAUGCUUUAAGGUUCUCGCAGAAGGAGCAGUUGUCACCUCACUUCCCUGUGUUUUGCAUCAGACUUCAAGUAUUCUGUGUCAUUAUAAGGAAAAGAAUAAAAAAUACAUGGCA